AUGGCGCUCUCAAAUCGCAAACGGUCAUCGUCAAACUCCCUGGAGCCAUCAUCCAGCUCGAAUCGACCCCAGAAACGACAAGCGACGAAGUCUCGUAAUACUAAAAAAAGAAGAAACGACGAGAUCAAUACCGAUCAAGUUACUAGUGAGAACAAGUCCGGUGUCUUCAAAACACCCAAAAAUCCGUAUGCAACUCUGGGAGGACUACCAUCUGAACUGCGUCUUCGGAUCUACCACUACCUCAGCGACUCAACAAUUAUUCAUGUGCACCGGCAUAAUGCUACCGAUGAUACGAAUGCACGAUAUACCUGGACACCAUGUCGUCUACCGAAUCCCACGUGCCCCCUCCUCUGUGCCAACCCAAAAUGGUCAGGCAUGUGUGCCGAAGAAGACCGUUGCACCUACAAAUUUCAGAGUCCCCCAGAGCCACGAGGUUUCUGGGCGAUGGCGGAGUCAUGCAAGUUCAUUCGCGAUGAAACCCAAGAGUUCUUCAUACGAGACAAUGUGAUAUCCAUCCAUCCAGAAAACCUUCCAGGCUGGCUCAAUCAUCUUGCCCGACACAACCCCAAACAAAUCGAGCAUUUAAGACGUGUUACGCUCGCCGGCUCUAACGACCAAGGACAUCUUUCGCACCAAUGCCUUGGACUUCUGCGCGAUCGCGUCCCUAAUCUCGAAGGCGUUGGCGUCCAAUCCAAACAACCUUUCUGGCGAUGGAUUCUCCCGGCAGUAAGCCGUUAUGAUGACGAAAAUAUUCGAGUGAAAGUCGAUGCCUGGCGUAACUGGAACACGAUACAGGACAUAUAUAAUUUCAAGCCUGCUGUUACGAUUGCCCUUGAAGCUACGGUGUGGCGGAAGUAUCAUGCAGGUACUCCCAAUAUCAAGGAACAACAGUUUACAGUGGGUAUCAUUCGCGCAGGAACGGAUUCAAAGGACGAAUCAGCUAGUGGUGGAACCUUACCGUGGACAGAUGAAGAUGUGCAAAUUGAAGUCAAACUAUCAGGCGAUUUGUUUGCGGCUAAGAGAAAUGCUGGUUGGCGACAAUGGUGGCGUGGGAAAGAGUUGCACGGUUUCAUGUGA